GUUUGUUUCUGCUUCUGCUGAGUUUAACCCCUGUGGAGAAUUUGAAAAAUAAUGAUUUCGACCUUGCCAGCUUUUUGAGAAGUAUCUACCCUGGGAUGCUUGUGAAGGAAGAGCCGUUCAUCCCCAAAAGAGACUUUGUAGGACGAUCUGAGGCGCGACCCAAUGUGAAAGCAGUCAGUCAGGAUAGUAACGGGGCUUCUGGGGCUGUGGUGACGACAAAGGAUGGACAGAUCAAAGGGAUAACGGUGGACAAGGCCCGUAUCUUCUAUGGGAUCCCGUACGCAGACCCUCCUGUUGGGGCUUAUCGCUGGAAACCACCCAGACCUGUGAGUUCUUGGCCGGGGAUUUAUGAUGCCUCCUUCCCCAGAGCCGCAUGCAUGCAGGCCUGCAGCGGACCCAUCUCUGAGGAGUGUCCCAGGAAGGUGAGUGAGGACUGUCUGUACCUGAACGUCUUCGUCCCUCUGGAUGUGGACUUCCUGUCUCCUCUGGCGGUCCCUCUCCCGGUCUUAGUGUGGAUCCACGGGGGGGAUUUCAUCGCCGGAUCGGCCUCAAAGCCUCUGUACGACGGACGCUUCAUCAGCAACUUCACACACUCUGUGGUGGUGAGCCUGGAGUACAGACUGGGUGCUUUUGGGUUCCUUGUGUCUGGUAAAAAGCAUCUUUCAGCAGCUGCAGGGAAUUAUGGGAUAUUGGACCAGCAGGCGGCUCUACUCUGGGUCCAAAGAAACAUCGCCGUGUUUGGAGGGGAUUCCAGCAAG